UCGGAGCAGCAGACCACCUUCUCAGCGUCAGCAGACUGAGGGCGGGUCUGAACGGCUGGAAAAGUUGUGUAUGUGUGAAGUUGGCGUGGAGAGCGGUGCCACGGAGGAGCAGUGAAGACCUAGCAGAAAACAGCAUCUCUUUACAGCUCCAUGAUGAAGAGGAUAGCCUUGCUGCUGUGUCUUUGGGGUCUUCUCUCCAUCUCCAGUGCUCAGGAGACAGAUGCAGAAGAGGGUGGCGGUGAGGAGGAGGUAGUUGACCUCUUCACCACCCCGCGCACAAAGCUGGCCGCUGCAAUGUCUGACUUCGGCUACAACCUGUUCCGUCAGCUGGCUGCCCGCGACCCCAAGGCCAGCGUCCUCUUGUCCCCAGUGAGCAUCUCUGCAGCAUUCACACAGCUCUCCAUGGGAGCUUCAGAGCGCGCAGAGAAGCAGCUGCAACGGGUCUUGCGCUACCACAACCUGCGUGACAUCCAGCUCCAUGACACUCUCAGAGACCUGCUGACCUCUCUAAGAGCCUCCGCCAAGGGCUUCAGCUCUGUAGAGCGCCUCUUACUGGCCAGGAAACUGCGUCUCAAGCUGGAGUACCUGAACGCAGUGGAGAAGCAGUACGGGGAACGCCCCCAAACGCUCAUGGGUGGACCCCGGGACCAAAAGUCUGUCAACGAUUGGUUCAAACAGCAGACAGGCGGUAAAGUGGACCGUGUCCUUGCAACUCCUCUUCCACGUAACUCUGAUGUAGUGCCUGCGGGAGCAGCCUACUUCAAAGGGAAAUGGAUAACCAGGUUCAGCCAGGCGGGUAAGAUGGAUGAGUUCCGGUUGGAUGGCGAGGCACCAGCUCGCAUUGCAGUAAUGCAGCAAUCGAAUUAUCCAGUCAAGAUGGGCAUUGAUUCAGACCUUGGCUGCACGAUAGUGCAGGUUCCCAUGGAGGAUGGAGUGAGCAUGUACUUUUUCCUGCCUGAUGAGGUGACUCAGAACUUUACUCUGGUUGAGGAGGCUUUGACAGCAGAGUUUGUUCAGGACCUGGCCAACACUCUUCAUUCAGUUCAUCUGCAGCUCACCCUUCCUGUGCUUAAACUCAGCUACAGCACAGACUUGCUGGGCCUUCUCUCUGGGCUGGGGCUCUCUGAAUGGCUGGAGAACACAGACCUCAUCAAAAUCUCUGCACAGGCUGCGAAGCUGAGCACAGUCCGUCACAAAGUCGUCAUGGAGACGGCUCCAGAGGGUAGCCAGUAUGCCAGCACCACUCCGACUGGCAGUGUUCAGUCACUGGCCCUUUCUUACCGUGUGGACCGCCCCUUCCUCUUCUUGGUUCGAGAUGAGCCAUCGGGCACACUUCUCUUAAUGGGAAAGAUCCUAAACCCACGUGACCUGGCAAGUGUAUGAGAGCAGCACACACACAUACACACACGUAUAUAUCAAUGUUGAUAUACCACAUAUGUUAUGAGCUUCUGUACUUUAACAUUUGAUUUAAAGAAGAACAUAUUCAAAGCUGUCACAGUACAGUUUAUGUUUUAUCACAUUUAAAGUACAUGAAAGUGGCCAAUUUCAUCAAAUGUGCACCAAAAUUCUUCCAAAGCACAUUUGCAUUUGCAUAUAUGAUGUAAAGAGAUUCCACAAACAUACAUAAACAUUCUAAUGCAAAAAAACCCUUUUUCUAGGCAAAACAGUGCACUUAUUCUACAGUUUUCAUUUAUUUUAGAUCCGUAUAUGACAUUUGUGUGGUUUUAUGUACCAAAAACAGUCAUAAUUUACUUUGGUCACUUUAAGACCAAUAUGCAAUAUGUUUUGUCAAUUUUCUAAAUGAAAAUAAGCUACACAUCCUCUACAGUUAACAAACUUUCUAUUCUGGCAUUUUUCUGUUAGUUUUGGUGCACAAUUUCUAUGUAUUUGCUUGGUUUAACAUAUCUGAAAAAAUAGACAUAAAAUAUAAAAUGUCGCCAUAAUUUUUCCAGUAUGUUAAAUUCAACAAUUAAACAAGAAUUGUGCAUAAAAAUGUGCAGAAGUGGGUUCUCUGUGCAGGUUGUGUUCACUUUAUUUUCACUUAGAAAAUCAACAAAAAAUGUUAUUUGACCAGGGCGCCCAAACUUUUGCAUAUGACUGUGUCUAAAUGAACUCUCGUUCUGAUUGGCUGACCUGUUUUUGCCUCAUUUAAAAAGUAGUUCAGUCUAAAACAGUCCUUAUAACUUUAACAUGAAUUUGGUUUUCUGUUCUUCCUGUGAUAUGGGCCCUUUAAACAAAGACAGGCUUUCAUUUCAGAUGGAACAGAUGAACAGUUAGCUGAAGUAGUAUAUUUGUCCCAUUUUGUUUUCUUUCUGCUAUAUAUGCAUUAUACUGCAUAAUACCUCAUAAGUGCUCACAGAUUUCCCCUCUUUUUGCCAUGUUGGCAAACACCCUUCAUACCAGAAAUCUCAGAUUAUAAGUGAAUUAAAAAUGAAGCUUGCAGAUUAGAAAUAUUUGAGCUUUGUAUUUCAGUGCUUUGUUUCUAAUUUCAAAUUUAAUGUAAUCCCACACAUGCUUAAGGCAAACAUACAAAUUUAUUGGUUGACGGUCCCAUUUGUAUAUUUACCAACAGGAAUCAUCUGAAUUUGUAUAUUGAGACAAAUAAAAAAUACAAAAAAA